AUGAUUCGUCCAAGUCAUUAUUCAAAUUCAAAUUUGCUUAACGAUAAAACAUCUACAUCCUUUUCUUAUUAUCCUUUAUCAUCUCUAUCUCUCCAUCAACAUCAAUUAUCUUUUAAUGAUUUCUUAUCCUCCUCCUCCUCAUCCUCUUCUGUAAAAUAUUAUUCCUCCUCCUCUUCUUCUUCUAUACCAAAACUUGAAAGCGAUACAAAUGAAUACGAGAUUCAAAUUACCGAACGAUGUUCAAAUGAAUUAAAUAGAGUUAAAAAUGAAAUUAAAGAUGAAGAAACCAGACUUAGAGUGAUGGUAGAUACUGGUGGUUGUAGUGGUUUCCAAUAUAUCAUUAAAGUUGAUAAAAAUCUUCAAGAAGAUGAUGUAGUAUUUAUUAAAGAUGGAGCAGAAGUAAUUAUCGAUAAGAUAUCAUUGGAUAUGAUGAAGGGUUCGGUCAUUGAUUAUGAAUCUGAAUUGAUGAGAAUAAUCCAAAUACCAUAA